CUAUGCCCUGCUACGCCAGUAAGUUGACUCACUGUACAAGACCUCUCCCCUUCACUCUACUGCAGGGUGGGAGAUGCAACAAUGUCCUUGAGAACAGCAGGAAGUGUGUUGGUGGUCUUUCUCUGGUCUGUAGCAGUUGUACUGGGGCAGAAUGUCUGGAGUGUGACUUACACCACUCAGAGUAUCUGUGUCUUGGAGGGGUCAACAGUGGAGCUGUCCUGCUCUAUCAGAUAUCCCAGUGGUACAGUCACAUCAACCGUCUGGUUCACUAAAUGGGGGACUGGUGUAGAACCUGAAGAUCUAGGUCAGGACCCAGAGUAUGCAGGUCGUCUGGAGUAUCAUGGGGAUAAGAAGAAUGGUCACAACCUGAGAAUCACAGACCUGAGAGAGAAAGACUCAGCUACGUACAAGUUCAGAUUUAUAACAGAUCAGACUGGAUGGAAAUAUACUGGUUAUCCUGGAGUCACUCUGUCUGUCACAGGUCUUCAGGUGAAGGUGACUGGUGGACAUCAGGAUAAGACACUGACCUGUAUCACCACCUGUACUCUGACUGGUAACCCCACCUACAUCUGGUACAAGAACGGACAACAUCUAGAUGAGAGCACCUCCCCCCAGUACAAAGACCUUGUCUCCAGUAACUAUGACGACAGUUACUCCUGUGCUGUAAAAGGCCAUGAGGAUCUCCACUCUCCUGCAGUGUGUGUUCAGGAUCAGAUCUGCUACAGAGUAACUUACACCAAGAGGAGAAUCUGUGUCUUGAAGGGGUCAACAGUGGACAUAUCCUGUACUUAUGUUGGUUAUUAUUCCACCACAUCAACAUUCUGGUUUAGAAGUGAUAAGUCGACCCCUGAAGACCUAACCAGCGACCCAGGGUAUACAGGUCGUGUGAAGUACACUGGAACAUACGAAGGUCCCUCCAUCCUGAGAAUCACAGACCUGAGAGAGGAGGACUCAGCUGAGUAUCGCUUCACUUUUAAAACAGACAACUUUGAAUGGGGUCAUAGUUUCCCAGGAACAACUCUGUCUGUCACAGGUCUGCAGGUGAAGGUGACUCCUGCUGCAGAGGGACAGAAGACACUGACCUGUAUCACCACCUGUACUCUGACUGGUAACCCCACCUACAUCUGGUACAAGAACGGACAACGUCUAGAUGAGAGCACCUCCCCCCAGUACAAAGACCCAGUCUCCAGUAACUAUGAGGACAGUUACUCCUGUGCUGUUAAAGGCCAUGAGGAUCUCCACUCUCCUGCAGUGUGUGUUCAGGAUCAGAUCUGCAGCAGAGUAACUUACACCAAGAGGAGAAUCUGUGUCUUGAAGGGGUCAACAGUGGACAUAUCCUGUACUUAUGUUGGUUAUUAUUCCACCACAUCAACAUUCUGGUUUAGAAGUGAUAAGUCGACCCCUGAAGACCUAACCAGAGACCCAGGGUAUACAGGUCGUGUGAAGUACACUGGAACAUACAGAUGUCCCUUCACCCUGAGAAUCACAGACCUGAGAGAGGAGGACUCAGCUGAGUAUCGCUUCACUUUUAAAACAUACAACGUUGAAUGGGGUCAUAGUUUCCCAGGAACAACUCUGUCUGUCACAGGUCUGCAGGUGAAGGUGACUCCUGCUGCAGAGGGACAGAAGACACUGACCUGUAUCACCACCUGUACUCUGACUGACAACCCCACCUACAUCUGGUACAAGAAUGGACAACAUCUAGAUGAGAGCACCUCCCCCCAGUACAAAUACUCAGUCUCCAGUAACUAUGUAGACAGUUACUCCUGUGCUGUAAAAGGCCAUGAGGAUCUCCACUCUCCUGCAGUGUGUGUUCAGGAUCAGAUCUGCAGCAGAGUAACUUACACCAAGAGGAGAAUCUGUGUCUUGAAGGGGUCAACAGUGGACAUAUCCUGUACUUAUGUUGGUUAUUAUUCCACCACAUCAACAUUCUGGUUUAGAAGUGAUAAGUCGACCCCUGAAGACCUAACCAGAGACCCAGGGUAUACAGGUCGUGUGAAGUACACUGGAACAUACAGAUGUCCCUUCACCCUGAGAAUCACAGACCUGAGAGAGGAGGACUCAGCUGAGUAUCGCUUCACUUUUAAAACAUACAACGUUGAAUGGGGUCAUAGUUUCCCAGGAACAACUCUGUCUGUCACAGGUCUGCAGGUGAAGGUGACUCCUGCUGCAGAGGGACAGAAGACACUGACCUGUAUCACCACCUGUACUCUGACUGACAACCCCACCUACAUCUGGUACAAGAAUGGACAACAUCUAGAUGAGAGCACCUCCCCCCAGUACAAAUACUCAGUCUCCAGUAACUAUGUAGACAGUUACUCCUGUGCUGUAAAAGGCCAUGAGGAUCUCCACUCUCCUGCAGUGUGUGUUCAGGGUCAGAUCUGCAACAGAGUAACUUACACCAAGAGGAGAAUCUGUGUCUUGAAGGGGUCAACAGUGGAAAUAUCCUGUACUUAUGUUGGUUAUUAUUCCACCACAUCAACAUUCUGGUUUAGAAGUGAUAAGUCGACCCCUGAAGACCUAACCAGAGACCCAGGGUAUACAGGUCGUGUGAAGUACACUGGAACAUACAGAGGUCCCUCCAUCCUGAGAAUCACAGACCUGAGAGAGGAGGACUCAGCUGAGUAUCGCUUCACUUUUAAAACAGACAACUUUGAAUGGGGUCAUAGUUUCCCAGGAACAACUCUGACUGUCACAGACCUGCAGGUGAAGGUGAUUCCUGACACAGUGACAGAAGGAUCAUGGGUGAAACUGACCUGUAGCACCACCUGUACUCUGACUGAAAUCCCCAACCCCACCUACAUCUGGUACAAGAAUGGAGAAUACCUAUUUUCUGACUCCUCUCCCCAGUAUCAAUACUCAGUCAGUAGAGGAGGUUCUGACAGCUACUCCUGUACCUUAAGAGGCCAUGAGAAACUCAGCUCUUCCAAAGUCACAGUGGAUACUUCUUCUCUUAGCUGCUUGAGUGUGACCUACACCAGUAGAAUUAUCUGUUCCUUGAUACCAUCAGUGGACCUGCCUUGCACUACCAUAUAUCCCACAGACCUGCAGGUGAAGGUGAGUCCUGACACAGAGGCAGGGAAGAGGACACUGACCUGUAGCACCACCUGUUCUCUGACUGUUAACCCCACCUACAUCUGGUACAGGAAUGGACAGUCUCUUGCUUGGCCCACUUCCCAACAAUACUCUGUCUGGAGUUCUGAAACAGAGAGUUACUCCUGUGCUGUUAAAGGCCAUGAGGAACUCCACUCUCCUGCAGUGUGUGCUCAGGGUGACAACUGCUGGAGGGUGACUUACACCAAGAGGAGAAUCUGUGUCUUGAAGGGGUCAACAGUGAACAUAUCCUGUUCUUACACUCAUCCCACUAGUUAUAUAGAACAAGGUUCAUUCUGGUUUACACAGAAACACCCUGUGGAUUUCAGUUCAUAUCCAGAGUAUGCAGGUCGUGUGGAGUACAAUAGAAACACAGAGAACCACCACACCAUGACAAUAACAGACCUGACAGAGAAGGACUCGGCUGAAUACAAAUUCAGAUUACUAACAACACAUGAUGGGAGAUUUUCUGGUCUUCCUGGUGUGAUGUUGACUGUCACAGAUAUCCUGUUGGAGAUGCAUCCUACGUCUGUGUCUGAGGGGGAGAGAGUCACACUGAGAUGUAGAACCAAAUGUCCAGUCAGUCUCAACCCCACCUACAUCUGGUACAAGAACGGACAACGUCUGACCAAACCAAUCACCAGUUAUAACAGUCUGAUCCUAGACCCAGUCAGCAGUGAGGAUACAGGGAACUACUCCUGUGCUGUAGAAGGCUUUGAGAGAAUCCUCUCUCCAGAAGAGACUCUCACUGUCAGAUUUGGUCCAAAGAACACCUCAGUGUCAGUCAGUCCCUCUGGUGAAAUAGUGGAGGGCAGUUCAGUGACUCUGACCUGCAGCAGUGAUGCCAACCCACCUGUGGACAAAUACACCUGGUACAAGAAGAAUGGAGCUUCACUGACAGGAUCUGAAAAGACAUACAAUUUCACCACCAUCAGCUCUGAGGACAGAGGAGAAUACUACUGUGAGGCUGAGAAUAAAUAUGGACGUCUCAUCUCUUCUUCUCUGCCUGUGGACGUUCAGUAUGGCCCAAAGAACACCUCAGUGUCAGUCAGUCCCUCUGGUGAAAUAGUGGAGGGCAGUUCAGUGACUCUGACCUGCAGCAGUGAUGCCAACCCACCUGUGGACAAAUACACCUGGUACAAGAAGAACGUAACCUCACCAAAAGCAUCAGGACAGAGUUACAUCAUCACUAACAUCAUCUCUGAGGACAGAGGAGAAUAUUACUGUGAGGCCCAGAAUGGAAGAGGAUCUAUGAACUCUACAUCUCUGAUGAUCAUUGUAGCAGGGAAACAGACCUCAGUUAUGACUGCAGCUGUAGGAAUCAUAGUGGUUGUUCUGGUUCUCAUCCUCUGUCUCUCUGUCUUUAUGUGGUUCAGGAAGAAGGCCUCCACAUCCCCCUCUGACACAAGAGACACAGCAGAUGAUGGACAGGGAGACUCUAGUCCAGUAUAUGACAACAUCUCAAGCAUGGCCAUGACCCCUACUGCAGCACAGACAGCAGCCACAGACGACCAGGAUGAUGUUCACUACGCCAGCGUCCACUUCUCUCGCUCCAAAAACCAGGAAGUGCCUCUGUACUCCACUGUCCAGAAACAAGACGAAGAUGUCCAAUACGCUGCUGUGAAAUUCAACCACCUCAGUGCUGCCACCCAACCCACAGCAGCACAAGCAGCUGAGGUGGACCCCUCUGUUCUCUACAGUACAGUCAACAAACCCAGAAACAAGAAGACCUGAACGCAACAAACCCAGAACCAAGAAGACCUGAACACAACAAACCCAGAACCAAGAAGACCUGAACACAACAAACCCAGAACCAAGAAGACCUGAACACAACAAACCCAGAACCAAGAAGACCUGAACACAACAAACCCAGAACCAAGAAGACCUGAACACAACAAACCCAGAACCAAGAAGACCUGAACACAACAAUUUGACAAAGACCUUGUAUAUCUGGAACCUUGUAUUCAAACUAAGUGAUGUAAGGCUUGAGGGGGUGUGGAAAAUUGGCCAAUAUAAACCAGUAGGUUCGAGCCCUGAAUGCUGAUUUGCUGAAAGGUGUGGUAUAUCAUACCAUAUAUACCAUGGGUAUGACAUAAAAUUACUAUUUACUGGUCUAAUUACAUUGGUCACCAGUUUAUAGUACCAAUGAGGCACAUCGGGGGUUUGUGGUAUGUGGCCAAUAUACCACGGCUAAGGGCUGUAUCCAAGUACUCAGUGUUGCGUUUUGCAUAAGAACAGCCCUUAGCCGUGCUAUAUUGGCCAUAUACCACGCCUCCUCUGGCCUUAUUGCUUACAUUUAUUAUAGCAAUAACAAACUUCAGGGGUUUGUGGUGUAUGGACAAUAUACUGUACCACGGCUAAGGGCUGUUCUUGACACAAAGUGAAUGUGCCGUGGUAUACUGGCCAUAUACAACAAACCCCGAGGUGCCUUAUUUCUUUUUUAAACUGGUUACCAACAUAAAUAGAACAGUAAACAAGUAUUUUUACAUCAUACCCGUGGUAUAUUGUCUGAUAUACAGUAUACACUUCUGAAAUGCUGUUUCAGCCAAUCAGCAUCCAGGACCCAAACCACCCAGCUUAUAAUAAUAUUUUCAAUCUAGCAGACACUUUUAUCCAAAUUCACUCAGUCAUUACAGUCAUGAAAGUAUGAAUACAUUUCUUGUAUGUGUAGUCCCAGCAGGAAUCGAACCCAUGCACCAUGCUGUACAAACUGGGCCACACAGGACUACUCUAUUCACACUUAGAGUAGGAGUUCUGAUCUAGGGUCAGUUUUGGCUUUUAAACUAUGAUGAAUAAGAAAGGACCUUAACAUUAAAAUACAUUUUUUUUGUAAAAUUGUAAACAUUUCCAAUAUCUUUUUCCCAAAAUUGUGUAUUUCUGAAGUAGGCAACCUCAAGGUCGAGUUAUAUUUUAUAUAUUCUAUAUAUGUUUUUAUGUUAUAUUUCUGAAACAAUCAUCAGACUUGUGAGACUAUAUGCUGUAUGAAGGCUAAGAACAAUAAAGUAAUUCUCUGUUUCUAUUAUAUUGUAUUACUUCAUAUGUUACUGUUAGAUGAUACACAUAGUAGAAGUUUGGUAUAUUUUUAAAAUAUUUUAUGUCCAGGAAAGAGUUCUGCUUGACGCAAGGUUUCUUAUCGCUUUAAUCAAAUGUAUUUUUUUUGUAAGCUACUGUGUGAAGUGUGACUUUUUAUCAGAAUAAACUUAAUCGUCAUUGUU